AUGAACCCAAAGACUGAGCCCAAACUCCGUCGUCGACCUCCUCCGCUUCGAAUAUCGAGCAGCUGCGAAGCUGUUGCCAUAUCACCAGGUCAGGCUCUGGCACCGUUGAGUUCGGGGCUUGGAGGCCUCUUGACUCCCAAGACGCCCACCGACCGCCGUAAACGUUUCCUUUUAGGAACUGAUAUCAAGCGAGGUUCUUCACCCUGCAACCCUGCCGCACCCUCCACGCCAGGUUUCGCACUGCCGGAGACGCCAGCCAGCCCAACAUCACUGCAUUCACUGGCUGCGGCAGAGUUGCCAGGUUCACUUCUUUUAGCGAGCCAAGGUUUCCCACAAACAGACCCUAUAUCACCUCCGCCCUCUCUUCGAUUGCUUCGCCGCAACACCGAGGAAUCGACCUUGAGUUCUGUGCCGCCUCUCUCCCCCUCCGUGUCCACCGAUGACGGGACAAUGGAAGCUUUGCGAAAUCUGGCCACCCCUUUGAGAAAGCACGACCGGUCUGGUCACAGCACAAUGCCUACCUACACCAUCGGGAACCGCCUUCCUGCAGCUUCGCAAAUUACACUGCCAUUUACCGCAAUGGCCGUCGAGGAGUUGCUGGAUAAACUUACUGAAUGCGACCAUGUGACCAUAUCGCAGCACUGGCUACCCGCGAUGCGCAGUCAUUUACAGAAAAUGACGACUCUCCUCCAUCAGGCUGGCAACUUGAAGCUCGAGUCAAGCGUCAACCAAGUAACCUUGAACAGUGUAAGAAAUGUGAUCUUUGGGAACCCUCCUCAAUCUGACGUUCCUCAGGCACUCAAGUCCUUCUCCGAUCAAAUGCGGUUGAUCACUGCCGAUUAUCGCAAGAUUGUCGAGUCCGCAGAAUCGCUUGCUGAGCGUGAUACCAAGGCCUCUCAUGAACAACUGAAUGAACUCCAAGGACAGGUAGAAGACACUUUGGCGAAGAUGGUGGUGAAAGACAAGGAAAUCGAAGCUAAAGACCGAAGAAUCUCGGAACUUCGAAAUACGGUCCACGCAGUUGCGCACCUUCUGGGUACAUUCAUUCAGAAACACAUCCCCAGUUGGGCCGAUGCUAUCCGUGAGCCUAGGACUCAACAGGUUCUCCAACUAAUAGCUGACUACACUGGCAAGGAGGCUCACGGGCUAAUCAGUUACGUUCGUGUCGCAGAGGACACCCUCGACAAAUAUGAAGCAGACCUACGGGACGCGCGCAACCUGGUUGGCGAUUAUCGCAAGGUAUUGCUUAGUCAGGGAGCGAUGAUCAAAGAUCAGUCCAAAAGUCUCGACGCGUACGUGGACAGAUACGAGAAAGCCCUCAGACUCGUGCGGGAAAAAGAUCACGAACUAUUGCUUCUGGUACAACAAAACGAUGAUCUGGGUAGCAAAUUACAGGAUUGUCGUGCCGCAUUAGCCGAGAGUCGAGAGACGCAAAUGGACUCGGAAAUGAUGUUUCGCAGGUACGAAGAGCUGCGAGGGAACAUGGAAAGCUUGCAGACGGCCCAUGCACUGGAAAUCGACCAACGCGACGCUGAGAUAGCGAACCUUCGUCAAAAGCUUGGUAGUGCCCGCGAGGAAGUUUUCGCACGACGGGAGGACGUCAAGAACGUCAUGUCCCAGGCUCAAGCAAUGCUCCGGACCUCUUUGGACACCGCUCCUGUGGCUGCUAGGAACAGCAACACCUCCAAAGCCUUGAGAUUCUUCGGAAUGGAGAGAGACAAGGAAAAAUAUAAGAAAGGAACCCUUCCUACGAGCUACAGCAUGAUUGGGUUUCCACCGUCUGAUCCAAGGUACUCAUCUAAGGAGGUGUCGUUCGCCGUCGACCGGGAUGGCCUUCGCCACAGACCUUCUCUACAGACAAACACAAAUCCACGAGCACAGACGACCCCAAACACACCCAUUGAUAGCUCCCAAGGCUCCAGCGAGACCGUCGCAACGGCGCCAACAAUCAGACCGCGAUCUGACUCGAUCGGCGCAACACAACGUCGCGGGGUCAAUAUUGCAUCUUCCGUCGACACGGACAAGUCUCUUCCUGGGCCGCCUGCAUAUCCGAUGCCACUUCCCCCAGCAGCUCGAGUUACGGAAAUUCCUCAGUCAGUCGAGAGCCCUCUCGGGGCACAGAUUACGUCAGACUACUUCAAGAAUGGCAUCAUGGGUCAAACCGCUGCACGACGUGUGCUAACUAGAAUUACCGAGGUUUCCGACCUCCCCUCGUCACCUCCAGACAGUGAUCUUCGGAUAGAGCGGAUCAUAGAUGAAAACAAAUCGGAUCACAGCAUCGCCAGCAGCGAUCGUGAAGUCUACCGCAAGAGCAUCUGUGCGUUGGAUAUGUUGAAUUCAUCGAGUGGGCUGCCGUACAGCGAGACGGAAACCGACAUUGAACGAAUCAUCCGUGGAGAAAGGCCUAGAAGUCCAUCGAAGCCAAACUAUUUUCAGCCCUGCCAAGCCUACCAGGACCACGAAGCCAACGACAACAAGGGAAGCGAACGGAAACAAGACGAGUAUGACAAAGGAGAAAUUCACACUGGUGUGGCUCAUGUCCUUCACCUUCGACCCGGAACUCGAGAUCUCGGGGGAGCAGACGCCAUACCAAGGGCAUCAGAACAUCAUGGUUAUGAGAGCGAUUCCGCAAGGGAAGAAAGACGACACGGACUCAGAGAGAGUAUGGUGAGCAAUGAAUCCGGGUAUCGCACUGAAGACUCGGAACCAAAGACCGUGGCCCAGCUGUAUCACCAGGGAAGACGGCAUAUUUGUGGUUGA